AUGGCACGACUAAAUGAGCCCCUCGUGGCACCCGACGGCUUAGAAAUACUCCGUCGAAAGUUCCUUCGUCAAAAUCGAGACAUUGCUAGGAUAAACUCAACGCAGUCCUUACGUAUUCGAGGUCUGGAGAACGAGUGCGCCCGCAUGCUGUCGGAAAACCUCGAGCUACGGAGCCAAAUACUACGGCUGGAGACAGAACUCCAAGAGAGCCGAGCACAAAGAAUCGCCGACCAUGCCCUGGAAAUCAAGGAGAAGAUGGAAGCCCAGUUGCUCGAAUGGGGCACCAUGCUAGCAAGCUUGGGUCACGAGCCAAUACCCAAGCAUCGUUCACCACGUGCAACUAAGAAGGCUAGGAGAGACCCUAGUUUGGGACUCGCUGGAGCUGGUUCUCCAAGGUUCAGGAGAAGGAACACCAGUGAAUUAGAGGCUGCCGCCAUUAACGAGGGCAGGUUGGCUCCUCUAUGGGAGGAUAGGCCCUAUCAGCGGGAGACUUUGAAUCGCCAUGAAAUCCUAGCUUUGUGCUCUGAAGCCGCAGAGACGGACUCCCCCGACAUCGGUCCUCCACCCGUGUCGCGCUUUGUUGAUGAAGAUCCUGUUAAGAUCGAUCUGCCCACAAAGUUGUCAUCCGAUGCUUCCCGCCCUGAGGCCCGCGGAGAGCCGUUAUCGAAAUCGCCAUCGAGAACAACCCCAGAGCCGAUGCCAGACACAGCAAAGGCCAAGGAGGACAUAAUGGGGAGAGAGAAAACUGCCGUCUUACUGUCGCCACCACAAAUUGCCGUCAAAUUGCCAGCACCAGACGCUCAAAUUGUUAAUGCCACCUUGAAGAGAAAGAUCAGGGACGACGAAGAGAAGGAAAACGUCCCGGUCAUGAGAAUGAAAGGUGACCCCAUGAAAUCGGCCAAGACCGGACCAGAGAAGGCAGCGGACCGACAAACCAACAGGCCUAUCAAGAACAUACCGUUGAGCAAGAAAGAUUUACGUGAGAACAACCAGAUAACUACACCUUCACUCGCACCAAGGAAAGCGUUAGGCGCGAAGAGCACGAAUGAAGUUAUCAACUCCCCCAAGAAAUCCACCAAGGGCACGAUUUUGGAUGACAUCGCAAAAGCAAAGGCAGAGAUGAAGGGCAACGAAAAACCAAAGGAGAAGGCGAAGCCAAAGAAGGAAGAAGCCAUCAAGCCAAUUGAGAUAAAUAUUCCGGAGCCAACACCGGCGCCUGCCGCAAUCAUCGAUAUUGACACCGACACAAUGUCUGCUGAACCGAACCUUUCAGUCCCAGACUCGCCAGAGUCAACUGCGCCCCGCGAGGAAAUGCGGGACACGCCACCGCCCGCUGAGAUUUCUUCCAGGGGAGAGACCAGUCGAGCGGGCCGGAGGGCAAGGUCACAAGUUAGUUAUGCGGAGCCAAACCUACGGGACAAGAUGCGCCGGCCUACUAAGCAGCUGUUGGAUGCCGUAGCUGGAGAGGGCAAGGCUAUGCGACGAACUAGUCAAUCGAAGUCUAACGAGGUGUCGUCUAUAAAAUCAGAAGAGAAGUCAAGUGGGUGGAAAAGUUUGCCAACAAUGACCGCGGGCGAUUGUGAAAAGCUCGAUGAUGUUGCGGCAAGUCCACUGGCUCAGAAGGUGUCGAGAGCACUGAACUCGGGGGACUCACCAAGCAACACCCUGGCCGACAGGACGAACCAAGACACAUCAGCAGAUGUUCAUAAGGCCUCUUUCACCAACAAGACAGUGGCGAAAGGGAUGAACAAGAAGCUUGAGGAAAUCGCAGCAAGGGAAGCAGAAGUGGCCCAACUGUUCGAUGGGCCUGACGUCUAUGAAUUCACCAGCACAUCCCCCAGUGGUAAGAGAACUUCGAAGGCGCCCAGUACAGAGGAUGUCAAAAAAUCCAACAGUUCACGGAACGGCAAAUCGAGAAGGCUGUCGUCGAUACUCCGAGAGGACCUAGGCACAGAAACACACGACAAGGGAAGAGGCGCAAGGAAGCGAGCCUCGAUGAUGGUUCAAAAAACUACUUCUAGUCUUGAUGGCGACACCUCAGCUACCGCCGACGGAGACAGUAGCUUCAACAGUAAUAGCUCAGGUGAUACAGAGGUGGCAGGAAGUCGGGUUUCGAUGAGAAGACGGAGUAUGAUGUUAUGA